CAGUAAUCACCGUUAGAUGACGGCAGCUAACCGUGGUAUGGAAAGGCGAGGUUGAAGCGCACAGACCCAGUAGAAGAAGAAGAGUGGACGAAAAUAGGAGCGCUGUCAUGGCGGCCAAGUUGGUGUUGGUGGCCGUCCCGGCAGUGCUGGGCAUCGCCUCCAUCCGAGUGUACACUGUCAGUGAAGUGUCCACUGAUGGUCUCGUCACUCGAGAGAAGCUGAACAUCUACACCCCAGUAACAAAAUCUGCACAGCUGGUUCCUGAUCAGCCAGGGCUAAUUGAAAACGGCCUAACUACAGCGAGAGAAGGCCUGUUACCCUUUGUCCAUGCUGUAAAGGGGGCCUGUGUUUCCGUGAAAAGAGGAAGUGUAAAUCUUUACCACGCUGGAGAGGAUGUAUACUACUACUUGAAAAAUCCUCCCGCGGGUUUUCUACCCAGAUUUGGCACAAUCACCAUGGCUGGCGUGCUUGGCAUGUUCUUGGCACGCAAAGGCUCUCGUUUGAAGAGAAUCGCAGUUCCUUUGGGUCUGAUAAGUGCUGGAGCCUCAGUGUGCUACCCCAGCCAGGCAGUGGUUGUCUUUAAGGUGACUGGCAAGAAAAUGUAUGCUGCUGGCCAGUGGAGCCGCGCUGCUGUGUCUUCACUGCUCACCUCCAAGUCUUCAGAACCUGUUAUUUCUCCACAGCCACAGGCAGCUCCUGUGCAACCUCAUGAGGCUGCAGUGGUUGACGAGCCUUGUCACGCUUCAGAGCGCAUCUCAGAUGCUGAAGCGGAAUCAGUGGAGUGUGUUGCAGCUUCUGAUAAACUCAUCAUCGCUAUCACAGCAGAGGGGGUGCCAGUCACACAAGCAGAGAUCUCAGCCGAGCAGGUCCCCGCAGAGACUGACUCAGAGACCACUCCUCCCACUAAGGAAUCGGUUGACCCUGUUCAAUGUGAGGAGCCUCAGCUCUCCAACAAAGCACCAGAGGGCGCUGUUGCUGCGUCUGAGGACGUUUCCAUUGCAUCAGAGGUCAUUGUUCCUGCAUUUGAUGCCUUUCCCACUGAAACCCUGCCUUUGGAGCCCACAUUAAAUCCAGACCCUGAGACGGGAGAGAUUGCUCAAUCCACACCAGCUGAGGUUCCUGCUUCCACAGAAGAACCGCCAACUUCAGAAACCACAGCGGAACUAGCAGUUGCUGAGUCCUCAGAAGUGCAGACUGCUGCUGCGGAAAAGGAGCAGACACCAGAACACACGCCUUUGGAACAUCCUGCAGUAGAAAACAACAAAGGGGACUCUUGUUAUUCACCGGAUCCCGCACUUUUGGACUUUGGCCAAUCCAACCCAGAGGACGAAGACCUCUACAGCACUCGCAGCUAAGAUCCACUAUCACAAAUCUCAUCCAUACUGAGAAACACACAUACAGUAUAAAGCAGACAACAUGAUUUGUUUAGGUGACAACAUUGUCAUUCUUGCCACACAAUUUUGAUUCCCCACAUUAAAAAUGAAGUGAAAACAUAGUCAAAUAUUGUGUAAGGAUAGAUGUGUGCUACGGAUAUCAGAUUGUAUAAUUAUCCCACUCUUUUUUUUAUGUUUACCAAUGAAUUGCUGUUGUGUUGCAGUCGACACAGUCCUGAAUGUUUGUCAUUUAGAUUACUGAGUUGGUUACCUCGGCAUUUCUUCUAAUCAUUAUGAAUAUUUGGACGUAAAAUUGUGCAAUUAUGUUUUUGCCAAAAAUGUAUUCACUUAUUGAUUAAAGAAGUCAAUAAAUCUAUAUUUUUCUUGAA